GCUGUGAGAGCGCUGCGAUGAUUAGAGCCGCAUAUGCGGUAUCACACACACCUACCAGGCAGGAAUAUACCCGAGAAUCAGCCGCGUCCCGGUUCUCCCCUCACCGCAGCCUUACCCACGACUCGCAGCGGAACCUGAAGUGCCAGUAGUACCAUGUCCAGGUCAACGGGGGGUGGCGUCAACGAUGUCACCCGCUUUCUUACAUCGGGGACGGCGCCGGGGUCUCCCUCCUCCAACCCCUCAUUCACUUCUUCCAGCCAGGCCGACUGGGCGGCCAAGAGGCUGGUGUGGGUGCCAUCAGAGAAGCAUGGGUUUGAAUCGGCCAGUAUUCGGGAGGAGCGCGGCGACGAGGUGGAGGUGGAGCUCACAGACAGCCAGCGGAAGUUGACUCUGUCCAGAGAGGAGGUGCAGCGGAUGAACCCUCCUCGCUUCAGUAAAGUGGAGGACAUGGCCGACCUCACCUGCCUCAACGAAGCCUCAGUGCUGCACAACAUCAGAGACAGAUACUACUCUGGUUUGAUCUAUACUUAUUCAGGCUUGUUCUGCGUGGUGGUGAACCCUUACAAGAACCUGCCCGUCUACACAGAAUCCAUCGUGGAGAUGUACCGUGGCAAAAAACGCCACGAGAUGCCCCCGCACAUCUAUGCCAUAUCAGAGGCCGCCUAUCGCAGCAUGCUACAAGACAGAGAAGAUCAGUCGAUCCUCUGCACAGGUGAAUCUGGAGCUGGGAAAACAGAGAACACGAAGAAAGUCAUCCAGUAUCUGGCUCACGUUGCCUCCUCCCAUAAGGGUGGCACUAGGAACAAGGAAGCCAUGCAGAUGGAUGGCUCUAGGUCUUUAACAAGAGGCUGUACUUUGGUGAACAGGAGUUUACAAUAUGGCGAACUGGAGAGACAACUGCUGCAGGCCAACCCCAUACUGGAGGCCUUCGGCAAUGCAAAGACUGUCAAGAACGACAACUCUUCUAGAUUUGGUAAAUUCAUCCGCAUUAACUUUGAUGUGGCGGGGUACAUCGUUGGUGCCAACAUUGAAACUUACCUCCUUGAAAAGUCUCGGGCCACUCGUCAGGCCAAAGAUGAACGGACAUUCCACAUCUUUUACCAGAUGUUGUGUGGCGCUUCAGAACAAACAAGAGCGGACCUGCUCUUAGGAACUGCUGACGAGUACCGUUAUCUCAGUGGAGGUUCCAUCCCAGUUCCAGGGCAGAGCGAUUCAGACAACUUCACUCAGACCAUGGACUCUAUGGCGAUUAUGGGCUUCACUCCAGAAGAAUCAAUAUCCAUGCUGAAGGUGAUCUCCUCUGUGCUCCAAUUUGGGAAUAUUAGCUUCACGAAGGAGAAGCACCAUGACCAGGCCUCCAUGCCUGAUAACACAGCUGCUCAGAAACUGUGCCACCUGCUGGGCAUCAAUGUGCUAGAGUUCACUCGUGCCAUCCUCACGCCUAGGAUCAAAGUUGGCCGAGAGUAUGUGCAGAAGGCCCAGACGAAAGAACAGGCUGACUUUGCUAUAGAGGCCUUGUCAAAGGCCUCGUAUGAGCGUCUGUUCAGAUGGCUGGUGCACAGGAUCAACAGAGCUCUGGACCGCAGACAGAGACAGGGAGCCUCCUUCAUAGGGAUCCUGGAUAUUGCUGGAUUUGAGAUCUUCCAGCUAAACUCCUUUGAGCAGUUGUGCAUUAACUUCACCAACGAGAAGCUGCAGCAGCUCUUCAACCACACCAUGUUCAUCCUGGAGCAGGAGGAGUACCAGCGGGAGGGCAUUGAGUGGAACUUCAUUGAUUUUGGCCUGGACUUACAGCCCUGCAUUGACCUCAUUGAGAGACCGGCCCACCCACCCGGUGUUCUGGCCCUGCUGGAUGAAGAGUGUUGGUUCCCUCGGGCGACAGACCGCUCAUUUGUGGAGAAGCUGUCUGCUGAGCAAGGCACCCACCCAAAGUUCUUCAAACCAAAGCAGCCACGUGUGGAAGCUGACUUCUCCAUCAUUCACUAUGCUGGAAAGGUGAACUAUAAGGCAGAUGAUUGGUUAGUGAAGAACAUGGAUCCUCUGAACGACAAUGUGGCAUCCCUACUUCACCAGUCUUCCGAUACGUUUAUCUCAGAACUCUGGAAGGAGGUGGACCGGAUCAUAGGUCUGGACCAGGUGUCGACAGGAGAGAGCAGCGGGCCGGUCUCAUUCGGAGCCGCGGGACUGAAGACGAAGAAGGGAAUGUUUAGGACUGUCGGUCAGCUUUACAAGGAAUCUCUCACCAAGUUGAUGGCCACACUGAGGAACACCAACCCCAACUUCCUCCGCUGCAUCAUCCCCAACCACGAGAAGAAGUCGGGUAAGCUGUCCCCCCAUUUGGUUUUGGACCAGCUGAGGUGUAAUGGAGUUCUGGAGGGGAUCCGAAUCUGCAGACAAGGCUUCCCUAACCGCAUCCCAUUCCAGGAGUUCAGACAGAGAUAUGAGAUCCUGACUCCUAAUGCCAUCCCUCGCACCUUCAUGGAUGGUAAACAGGCAUCAGAACUCAUGAUCAGGGCUCUGGAGCUCGAUCACAACCUGUUUAGGGUGGGUCAGAGUAAAGUCUUCUUCAGAGCUGGAGUCCUGGGUCAUCUGGAAGAGGAAAGAGACCUAAAGAUCACUGACACCAUCAUACGCUUCCAGAGCGCUUCCAGAGGCUACCUCGCACGCAAAGCCUUUUCGAAGAAGCAGCAGCAGCUUAGCGCUAUGAGAGUGAUGCAGAGGAACUGCGCUGCCUACCUCAAACUCAGGAACUGGCAGUGGUGGCGGCUGUUCACUAAGGUGAAGCCCCUGCUGCAGGUUACCCGGCAGGAUGAGGAGAUCCAGGUAAGGGAAUCUGAGCUCCAGAAGGCAAAGGACAACCUCACCCGAGUGGAGCUGAACUACACUGAGCUGGACAAGAAACACCUUCAGCUGGUGGAGGAGAAGUCAGUGCUGGCCGAUCAGCUGCAGGCGGAAGCAGAGCUGUUUGCAGAGGCAGAGGAGAUGAGAGCCAGGCUUGCCAGUCGGAAACAAGAGCUGGAGGAGGUACUCGGCGAGCUUGAGAGUCGACUUGAGGAGGAGGAGGAGAGGGGCGUGCAGCUGACCAAUGAGAAGAAGAAGAUGCAGCAGAAUAUACAGGACCUGGAGGAGCAGUUAGAGGAGGAGGAAAGUGCCCGACAGCGCCUCCUGCUGGAGAAAGUUACCUUGGAAACUAAAGUGAAAAGUCUGGAAUCUGACCUGCUGAGUACUGUGGAGCAGAGAGACCGACUGAGCAAGGAGAAGAAACAGUUUGAGGAGCGUCUAAGUGAGGUCACUGACCAGGUCACUGAGGAAGAGGAGAAAACCAAGAGUCUGACCAAACUCAAGAACAAACAGGAGGCUGUGAUCGCCGACUUAGAGGAGCGCCUUAAGCGUGAGGAGCAGGGUCGCUUGGAGCAGGAGAAAUGGAAGAGGAGGAUUGAGAAUGAAUCAGUGGAAACCCAGGAGCAGCUUUCGGACCUGGGCAUGCUGUCCGCUGAGCUGAGGGGUAGUCUGUCGCAGAAGGAGAAAGAAAUCACCACCUUACAGGGCCGGUUGGAAGAAGAGGGUGCUCGUCGUUCUGAAGCGCAGAGGGCACUGAGGGAAGCCACGUCCCAGGUGUCAGAGCUAAAGGAGGAAGUGGAGAAUGAGCGAGGGAUGAGGGAAAGGGCAGAGAAACAGAGGCGAGACCUGGGGGAGGAGUUGGAGGCUUUGAGAACUGAGCUGGAGGACACUUUGGACACCACAGCUGCCCAGCAAGAGCUCAGGUCUCGUCGAGAGGCAGAGCUAAGUGACCUGCAGCGAUGUAUUGAAGACGAGACUCUGGCAGAGGUUCGUAAGCAGUCGGAGGAGGUGAACACUGCAGUGGAAGUUGGAGAGGAGACACGCAGGAAACUUCAGAGGGAGCUGGACGCUACUGUCCAGAGGGAGCGCCAGAGGGAAGAGGAGAAAGAGAGAGCGGAGAGGCAGAGGGAACGUCUCAGGGAGGAGAUAGAGGACAUGACGCUGGCCUUGCAGAGGGAGAGGACGAACUGCACGGGCCUGGAGAAGAGGCAGAAAAAGUUUGACCAGUGUCUGGCUGAGGAGAAGGCGGUGAGUGCUCGGCUUGCAGAGGAGAAGGACAGAGCUGAGGCAGACAGCCGAGAGAAGGACACGAGAUAUCUUGCGCUGUCCCGGGCCCUGCAGGAGGCCCAGGACCAGAGGGAAGAGCUAGAGAGGUCCAACAAGCAGCUCCGUGCAGAAAUGGAGCAGCUUGUCAACCAGCAGGAUGACGUCGGCAAGAGCGUUCAUGAGCUUGAGCGGAGCCGGAGGACCUUAGAAACAGAAGCCCAGAACCUGCGAGUUCAGACACAGGAGCUGGAGGAGGAGCUGACGGAGGCAGAGAACUCGAGGCUGAGGCUGGAUGUCACCUUGCAGGCGCUCAAAGCUCAGUUUGAGAGGGAGAUCAGUACCAAUGAGGAGAAGGGAGAGGAGAAGAGAAGGGCACUAAGCAAACAGGUGAGGGAGCUGGAGAUCCAGCUGGAGGAGGAGAGGACUCAACGCUCUCAGGCUGUGUCCUCCAAGAAGCAGCUGGAAGCAGAGCUGCAGGAAUCCGAGGCCCAUGUGGAGACAUCCAGCCGUGGCAAAGAGGAUGCUAUGAAGCAGCUACGGAGGCUGCAGGGUCAAAUGAAAGAAGUUCUGCGCGAGCUGGAUGAGAACAAGUUGACUCGGGAGGAGGUGAUCACCCAGUUUAAAGACAGCGAGAAGAAAAUCCAAACCCUCGAGGCAGAAGUCCUGCAAUUAACAGAGGAACUGUCUGUAUCAGAGAGACAGAAGAGACAGGCUCAGCAGGAAAGAGACGAGGUCGCUGACGAAAUGGUCAACAGCAGCUCUGGAAAAACCGCGUUGUUUGACGAGAAGCGGAGGUUAGAGGCUCGGGUCAGUCAGCUGGAGGAGGAGCUGGAGGAGGAGCAGACUAACGCUGAACUGUUGGCAGAGAGACAAAGGAAGAUGACUCUGCAGGUGGAGACGAUGACGGUGCAGCUGCAGGGAGAGAGGACUUUGGCCCAGAAGGCGGAGGCUGGCCGGGAGCAGCUGGAGAGGCAUAACAAGGAGCUGAAGUCCCGUCUUGGGGAGAUGGAGGGAGCAGUGAGGGGCAAACACAGGCUCAGUGUCGCCGCCCUUGAGGCCAAGAUCGAGACAAUGGAGGAGACAGUGGAACAGGAGAGACAGGAACGAGCCAUCGCCAACAAACUGGUGCGAAAGACAGAGAAGAAACUGAAGGAGGUGAUGAUGCAGGCAGAUGAAGAGAGGAGACAUGCAGACCAGUACAGAGAACAGCUGGAUAAGUCCAUGGUCCGACUGAAGCAGCUGAAGAGGCAGCUGGAGGAGGUGGAGGAGGAGAACUCUCGCUCCAACGCCCAGAAGAGGAAGCUGCAGAGAGAAAUGGAGGAGCUCACUGACAACUGUCAGACCAUGAUGCGAGAGAUCGCCUCGCUCCGAAGCCAGCUCAGCAUCCCUGAAUGGAGACCAGAAAUGCGUGUACCGUUGAACCUGGCGAUGCGUGGACGCAGAGCGUUGGUCGAUGACCUCUCAUUAGAGAACUCUGACUCAGAAGAGCCUCCAGCCUCUCCGACGCCCUCCUCUGGAAUCCCGGGAACUCCAAAUCCCGCCUCUGAACACAGCCUGGACCCUCCACCACCUUAUAGUGUCAACAACACAGAGUGAUGGACACGUAGACUCAGUAACACACAUAAAACGUAAACACACACACACGCACACACACACACACACACACACACACACACACACACACACACACACACACACACACACACACACACACACACACACAAACACAAACAUAUAGUCUGGACUAGUUGGGGUAGAAGGAGUGACACACACACACUACAUAACAACACUAGUUUAUAAAAAGAAAUGGUAAGAAAGAAACAGAAAGACAUAUAAGAUGUAUAAGAUGUAUACGUCAGACGCUUUAACUAUAAAACAACCUGAUAUGUUAAGUACAGAAAAUGAUGUAAAAUUUAGAAUUUACAGAGGGGCAACUGGAAAUAAUUUUUGUUUUAUAACUAACUGUGACCUAAACCAGGCGACAUAACAGAGACUGGAAAUUUCUACCUUACAUUGCAUCUCUGUAAUGUACUUCUAAGAAACUGAACUCCAUCUCCCAGGGUUCCAAAGGGGAAAGUGAAUUGUUAACAGCUGAUUUCACGAUGCUGUACAGUGCUCAGAGAGCAGAAAACAUUAUGGUGUUCAUGUCUUUUACAUUAGGAGGUAUUUCAAACCUAAGCCAUGUUUAACCCGUUGAUGAGGAUUGAAUAAAUAUACAAUCUGAUUUCACAAAGGGCUGCUGGAGGUUGAAAAUACUUCUGAGAGGUGUUAAGACAAUCUAUAUUAAUGUUACAUAGAAAAAGCCAAUAAGAGGAAAUCAAAUGCGGACAUGGAAAAGAGAGUUUCACUUUCUUUAUGAACGUGUGUUUCGUGCAAAUGUGAUGGGGUUUUUUGACAUCUUCAUAUGUCAAAUAACUUUUUUUUAAAUAAUGGAAAUUGAAUUAUCUGGAAAACAGAAGGAAAAAAACAGUAAGGUACAGAAACCAGUAUUUAAUCAAAAUUAGUUCAGUAACAUAUUGAUCUCAUUUUCAUGUCACAGGUCAGUUUUAGCCCAUUUGACCAUAAAAAGCAGUCUAUUGUACUUGCAGUCACACUAAAGGUGGGAUUAAACGAUAAAACCUUUUCUAUAGAUUAGUAUGAGUAUGUUAGACAAUGCAGUAGUAUUAUUAGAUGAUUUCUUUAAACUACAAUCUUAACAAUUGCUUCAGAAAUCUGAAAUUUGUAUAAUUUAUAUGAAAUAUGACCUUAAGUUAUUGAUCACUGGUUGUUUCCUGUACGGCUCAGUUUCGUGUCAGAAGUUGCUUUGAUUAUUUCUGCUCCUGCAGGCACUGCAUGUUGGGUCACGUGUUACAUGUCGGGCAGGUUUGCCUCGUUUCACUGAGCGUUACAGGAUCGGGUCUCUUUGCAUGGAUGACCACUGGGGUUCGGGUCGUUGCUGGUGUAGAAAUCAACAACAGCAACACAACUGCUGCUGUAUUCAUUUGUUUUUAACCAAAGCAGCUCAAUACAUCUUUUUUUUUUUCUCGUUUUAGACUGAUAAAACAUCACAUUUUAUUUUGACACACAUCUUGUACAUUGUAAUUUUGCUUUUUACGGAUUAACUGUGUAAAUUAUUGAUCAAACAAAGCUUUUCUGUUUAACCAAAUGGUGGGCGUAUGGAUGAGAAAAAGGGACUUAGAGCUGUAGUAAACGUAGACUAGUGGUCCAGUAGAGUAGAUGGGAGGAGUAGAUGCCGGUGAGGUGUUCAAGUCUCAUCCAGUGACUCGUCUGGAGGAUUUCUUCAGUAGAAUAACGUCGCACUCUGCUCACAGUUCCUGUUUAGACCAUUGUAGAAAUAAGUGAGCACGAGACUCAAAGCAUUUUCAGAAGGUAGUAUUAGAUAAAAAAGACAAUGGAGGCACUGAGGAGUUUGUUCUACUUGCAAACAGCAAGUAGAACAAAUAGUAGAUUUUUUUUACCCUAGAUAUCGAAAGUCUAAAUGGCAAACAUUCGUGUGCACCAAACAGAUGGAGUUUGAUGAUAACCCGUCUGUGAAAAAAAAAAUUGAGGUUAAUCCUCUGAAUUUUUGUAACAUUUAAAAGAUGAAGGUCAUUUUAAUUUAAUUUAGUGUAGUUCGGGACCUUCGUCAGCACCUGUUGCCUGUCACAGCUUUAAGACUGAGGAUGUUCAUGUGGUGUCUGCAAACAGAAAUGUUUUAAAGGAAUAGCUCAACAUUUUGGUUAAUGGGCCUAUUUGUUUAUUUGACUGUAAAUGUGAAGAUUAAUUUACACCUUUAUGUGCUGCACGAUUUCUUACCCAGGCGUUGUAAGCACUGACUCUGGAAAUCACAGGUUAAAAAAUAUUCGGACACAUGAUUCCCCGUCAAACAGCUUCGGACGUUUUCCCCACGAUGUUGACCUGUUCCUUUGAUGAAUUGAGACAUGCUGCUUAAAUUAGAAAGAAUGUCGCUGGCGCUUAACUCAUAAUUGGAACUAAAUAACGAUUGUGUAGCUAAACUCUUACAUAUUAUGUUCCUGGAAUUUCUCGAAUGUUUUGUUUUCUAGAUUUAUGUUGAUACUUUAUGGCAAAGGGUUAAUGAUCCAGCUGGUGUUUACAGUUGAUGACACACAGGACCAGUACAGUACAGUUCUCUGUUAUCAGGGUUGUUCUGAUUGCCCUUUUCUCUUCUUCCUUCUGUUUAAUUAACAGGUUUAUAUUGCACUGAGAAAACAAGACCACUAAGUGUGUGCACUACUCUGCAGACCUGAUGUCCCAUGUGUAUCAUAGCUUUUUGCCACCAUAAUGCACAGUUAGUGACGGCGGAGGAAAGAUCCGACCAGUCGGAUCGAGAAAAAGUUUGACUACUGUGGACAUAUAUUUAACACCCUACCAAAGGGUUACAUUUUUUAAUUUCUGUAUGUACAUUUGUUUUAUUUUACUAAUAUGCAAAUGGUUUUGUUGCAAGCUGUGUUUUUUUUAAGAUAUUGUGUAAAUGCUGCACUUUACACACUUACCAGUGAGGACAAACACAGGCGUGCUUUGUCAGGUUAUAAUUUAUCCCAAGGAGGCUGACACAGCAUUAAGCCAAAUGAGCUGAUAUUUUUGUCGCUCUGUACGAUUCUCCUAAAUGUUCUGAUCUCAAAAUGUCAUAUCAUCGUCUAAGCGUCACGCCCUGAUCGACCGAAAUCUGAAGAGGCGUGGAGUGAACCGCUGGAACGAGAACAGAUGGCUUCUGUUCACCUGUAGCAAGAGACGAGGCUGGUGCUUCUCUGAGGUGUUAUUUUUCUCUGCGUGUUUGUCUAUGGCUACUCUGGAACUUGAAACAUUUUUGGAAACAUGUUUUACUGUUUUAGCCUUUUUUGUUUGUUAAUGAUGCUGUAAUUAUAAAACAUUUGACUGGGGUUAACUUUAA